AUGGCGAACGCCUUCAGGCAGACGCACCUCAUCCCGAGCGGGGCGCAGACGUGGAUCCCGCAAGUCAUCGCCGCGCGCGGGGACCGGUUCGCGUACGCCUCCACGCUCGCGAUAUUCAUCUACAACAACGACGACCAGUGCCUGAGCAAGAUCGUCGCGUGCCAGUCGAGCACGAUCACCGCGUACGCGUGGCACCCGACCGAACACAACCUCCUCGUGGUGUGCACCGCGGACGACACCGUGCACUUCUACGACAUCGAAAGCGACGCCUCGAUCAAGUCUCUCAAGUUCGCGAACCACCAGGUAUCGCACAUCGCGUGGAACCCGCACCGCCAGGGGGAGUUGAUAUGCAACGUUCGCGUCGGCAUGUACGUGUGCGACAUGAACAAAGAAACGCUUAAGAAGAUGGCGUUCUCGCCGCCGUCGAGGACGACCGCGUUCGCGCAGCACCCGUUGCUUCCGAACUUGUUGGCGUGCGGGACGGUGGAGGGCGGGGUGUGGCUCUCGAAGACCGACGGCGGGUCCGCGAACCACCGGCUGUCGCAGCGGUACGAGACCGCGAUCGCGGAUAUAAGCUUCGACCCGAAGUCCGAGGAUUACGUCUUAGUCGCGACCACGGGCGGGCGCGUCGCGUUGUGGACGCUCCAAGGCGCGUUCGACGCGGGGAAAAACGCGGUCAAGCCGUUUCUCGUGAUGGAGUUUCAAAAGCAACAGAACGGUUUGACCGCGGCGAAGUUCAUCGACGGCAUGCCCGGGACGUUCGUCACCGCGAGCGACCGCCACGGCGUCGUCCGGGUGUGGAACGUCAGCAACGCGGCGCCGCUGCACUCGAUUAAAACCGACCACGGCCCGGUUUCGUCCAUCGCGUCGCUGCAAAACGAGACGAAAGCCGCGGUGUCGUUCGCGUCCGGGCACGUCGCGGUGCUCGACGUGAAGGACCACAGAGUGCAGUGGAGCAACGACGGGGGGCACACGGAGACGAUCUUCGACUGUCACCUGAGCGGGGAGAAUCCGCACACGCUCGUGACGUGCUCGUUCGACGGCACCGUGCGACGGUGGGACACGCGAACGAAGAAGGGGAUUCAGACGUUUAAGACGACGGACGCGCGAUCAAAAGACUCCGCGCUCGGCGGCGGCGACAUCAAGAAUGAUCACGGCGGUAAAGGCGCGCUGUACUCGUGCGCGAUCUCGUGCGACGGGAGCAUAGUGUGCGCGAGCGGGUUCGAGGGGAAGCUGUAUUUUUUCGAUGUGAAGACGGGAAGGACGCUGCCGUCGAUCCACGCGCACGACUUGAGCGUGCAUCGCAUCGCCGCGCACCCGAAAGAAGGCGGGCUGUUCGCCGCCGCGUCGUUGGACGGGUCGGUGUCCAUCUUCACGAAAGAUGGCGUCAGGCUGUUCAUCAUGACGCAAGAUCCGUGCUCGGGCGUCGCGUUCGACUUGUUCCGCCCGGACAGGAUCGCGAUCUCGUGUAAGUCUGGCCGGAUCUACUUGUGGGACUGGCGGCUUUCCGCGGGCGUCGGUCACAGGUCGCAGCAGCAGAGCCCAAAGUCCGCGCGCCUCGGCGCGAGAGAAUCGCACCUGGACGACCCGGGAGUCAAGACAUGCUGCGGCGCCGCGCCGACGGACAACACGUUCGGGCACACGGCGAAAGCCUACGGCGUCAAAUUCUCCCCGCUCAUCCAGAACACGAUGAUGACCAUCAGCGACGACCACACCGCGAGGGUGUGGACGCUCACCGAAGGCGCGACCCCGGAAGCGCCCGUGGUGUUGUCCGGACACACCUCGCGCGUGCGCUCGCAGGCGUGGCACCCCUCGAUACCCCACGUGUGCAUGACCGGGUCCUGGGACAAGAUGAUAAAGACGUGGGACGCGAGGUCGGGGACGUGCAUACACACCAGCCGCGUGCACCUCGCGGACGUGUACGCCAUCGCGACGCACAACGCGCGGCCGUUCAUGGCGGUGACGUGUUCGAGGGACACGACCAUACGAUUCUGGAGCACAGAGGAGAUGUGCCCGAGCGCGAAGUUACGAGCCGUCCUCGGGAUGGACGUCACGAAGGCGGGGACGAUGAGCGCGAACGGGGUGCCGAGGAACGGCGCGGGGGAGAAUGGGGACGACGCCGGCGUGAGGUUGGCGCUCACCGGCGACGCGAUCACGCACACGAUGCGGCAGAGAAUGGUGAGCGCGAAGACGAACUGCGAACGAAACGCCGCGGCGUUCACCGUGCUGUCCGGAGAAGUCGGCGCGGAGGAGAUGUGGAAGCUCGCGACGAUCGAGACGCAAGGGACAGCCGCGGCGAGGGUCGACGAGCCGAGCGGGAUCACGGUGCCGCACAAGUGCGAAGCGCGGGCCCUCGCGGGCGCGUCGGCGGCGGCGCUCGAGACGACGGCGGGCGGGAGGAAGGGCGCGGUCGGUUCCUCGAGGGAAAACACGUUGAGACAGGCGGCGGCGUACCGCCUGCAGCUCGGGCACGUGGACACGUAUUGCGAGAUCAUGAAAGAGCUCGGGGACUGGGACGCCGCGCUCGCGGCGGCGCCGGCGGUGUCGACGGCGUUUUGGCGGAAAAUCGCGAGAGAACGCGCCGCCGCGCUCGCCGCCGCCGGGAGCGAGUUCGACAAGCUCAUCAACCUCCAGCUCGCGACCGGACAAGCCGCGGACGCGGCGACCGCGCUGAGAGAGGCGGGGAGGGACGACGAGGCGUUCACCGUCGCGUGCACGAUCGGAGACGGCGGAUUCGGGGACGCGGGCGCGGACGACCCGCCGCGCGACCCGCCGCGGCAGCCGGGGCACUCGCGCAUGUCGAGCCACGCGGACAUCCCGCCGGCGAUGUCGCACAGUCGGCAGUCGUCCUUCGGCGGCGGCAACGACGUCGGGAUGAUGUCCCCCGGGAGAGAACAGAUGCUCGAGCCGCUCGGGGAGAUUGGGUCCAUCUCCCCGCACCCGCUGUCGCCCGGCCCGCUCUCGCCGAUGAACGGCGCGGGUCGGCACUCGAGGCAGAGCUCGAUCGAUUCCAUCUCCGCGAUGCCGAAACUCCCGCCGCUGACGAAAGGGAAACUCGCGCCGCUGCCGCCGCUCGUGGUGAAGCAGCCGCUGCGCAAGAGCAACUCGUCGAACAUGGGAAGCAUGGGCGCGUUCGCGCCGCCGGACGCCCAGCCCGGAAGACACUCCGAGCCGCCGCCGACGUCCGCGCUCGCGGGUUUGAACGUCAACGUCAGCGGCGACGGCGACUCGAACGACCCGUCGCCGUCGACGGACGCGGGGUUCACCCCCGGCGCGCGCCUCGCCGCGGAGAUCCCCGCCGGGGACGAGGCGAGGCACGUGAGAGCGGCGCAGGCGGAGCGCAAGCUGGCGCACGGCGACGCCGUCGGCGCGGCGUCGUGCCACCUCUCCGUCGGCGACGCAUACUCCGCGGUGAAGGCGCUCGUCCGAGGCGCGCAGACGGAGAUGGCCGCGGCGCUGAUGCUGUCCGUCCCGGGCGCCGGGAGCGAGGACGACGCGCGGAGCCUCCUCGCGGAGAAGGCGAGCGCGAUCGGGGAGUGGGACCUCGCGCGGGACGUCGCCGGGGGCAUCGGCAACCCGGACCAUCGCGCGUGGAGGCUUCUGCUCGUCCGCGGGCGGUACGCCGCGGUGGAGACGAACGCGAUGGCGUUGGAGCGAUUCAACCGCGCGUGCGAGGAGCUCGUCUUGGACGGCAACCCCGGGACGGACGCGGGGGAGAACGCCGCGCAGCGGUGCAUCGCCGGCGACGUCGAGGGCGCGGCGAACCUCGCCGUGAUGGCGGCCAACGACGAGCUGCGAAAGAACGAACGCACCGGCGGCGGCGCGAUGAACACGGACGCGCUGCCGAGAAUCCUCAACGCGCUCGACCUCGUGUCGUUCGGGAGAAACGCCGCCGUGAGCAUCGAUCCGAGGACGCGGGCGGAGGUGACGCUCAUGCGGUGUUAUCUCAGCGCGCUCGUGUUGGCGAGCACGGGGUACACCCCCGCGGCGUGCGCGUUGUUCCACCACGCGAGGGCGUCGUUGAAGAGCUUCAGCAACUCGCUGAGCGUGGACGGCGACGGCGCGGGCGCGAGCACGCCGUAUAAGCCCGCGUUCCCGCACAGCGUCGCGUUUAUUUCGCUGCAAGAGCUGACGCACAUGGCGGGAACGUAUCCGUCGGACGCGCGCGACGGUUUGAACGAAAUCGUCAAAGCCGCGAGCACCGUGGACGCGUCGGUGAGAGACGCCGCGAAGAAGCUUAUGAACGACCUCGAGGGCGUGAAGGACGAGGCGCCGAUCCCGUCCGCGGCCGCGGUCGUGACCUUACCGGGGUUUAACGGGACCGUGAGGAAACACGAGUUCAGGUCGCCGUCGAUGGAGAUGAGCGAAGCCCUGCGAGCGGCGGCGAUGUGGGACGCGGGCGGGUUCACGAACCUCGCCGCGUUUACGCCGCCGCGCACGCAGCAGUGGUGA